AUGAAUAUCGCUCACCCCGUCCCGUCCACUGUCACGAGCAUAUCCUUCUCGUUCUUCACCACAGAGGAUGUGCGCCGCAUCUCUGUCAAACAAAUCACAAAUCCGAUUCUGCUCGACGAUCUGAACCGGCCGAACGUUGGAGGUCUCUAUGACCCUUCACUAGGUCCUGCGGGGAGACAGGACAUUUGCGCAACAUGUCAACAGACGUACUACGGCUGUCCUGGACACUUUGGACAUAUUGAGUUGCCAUCCCCCGUUUUCCACCCGUUAUUCAUGCAAAAUACAUACAAUCUCCUCCGCGCGACUUGUCUUUUCUGUCACCAUUUCAAACUUAGUAGGCCAGUGUUGAUCAAGUACGCAGCCAAGCUUCGUUUAUUGGAGCAUGGUCUUCUGGAGGCUGCGAAGAGCUUAGACGAUUUACAGAUGAAGGUGAAAAUGCGGAAGGACGAGGAGGAUGACACUCCUGAGGAAACAGAGCAUGAAUGGGCGACAAGGAUAAAUCUCUAUGUCCAGAUCCAGUUGAUGCGAGCCUCGGGGAGCAAGCGCGACAAUUACAAGGAUAGUCUCGUCUUCCAAGCAAGAAAAGAUCUGAUCACGGAGUUCUUGCGAACUGCCCUCACAAAAAAGUGCUCCAAUACCGGAUGCGGCGCGUUCGGAUAUACAUUCCGCAAAGAAGGGCACACGAAAAUCAUAGAGCUAGACCUUACCGUCAGGCAAAAGGCCACGCACGAAGCUUUGGGACUCAGACGCGCUAACGUCAUGUGGGGCCAGAAGGGUUCUUCAUCUACAAGGGACACGGCGGAGGAGGAGGACUCUGAUGUCGAAAUGCCGGACACGGAACCUGCGGGCGACGCUACGCUCUCUGACGAAGAAUCUGAUGAAGAAGACACGCCCAAGGUAAAAGACGACAAACUUCCUAGAGCCGCCAACGGACGUGUCAAGACUUUACGAGGCCGGAACGAGCGCAUCAUGGCUCCAGAAGAGUGUCGCGCUCACCUUCGUCGUCUAUUUUCUAACGAGACUGUCUUGUGCUCACUUGUUUUCGGUCGCCACGGUCCUUUGGCUCCCGUCAAUGCCCAGGGCUUGUCGAUUGCUUCAGCAGACAUGUUCUUCAUGGAAGUCAUCCCUGUUGCGCCGACGCGGUUCCGACCACCAGCCGUCAUGGGAGAGACGCUUUUCGAGCAUCCGCAGAAUGAACUGUUGUCGAAGGUGCUCAAUACGUCAUAUCGCCUCCGGGACCUCAAUACGGACCUUCGCGCUGCUUCCGUCAAAUCCACUGAUUUUGACGACACGGAGAGGCGCAGGAUCCUAGGACAACUCUUGGAAGGGCUAGUACAAUUGCAAGUUGAUGUUAAUAGUUUCAUCGACAGUAGCAAGAAUCCCGCGCCGGUGAGGCAGGGGAAGUUACCACCAGCCGGUGUGAAGCAGGGUCUAGAGAAGAAAGAGGGUCUGUUCCGAAUGCAUAUGAUGGGCAAACGUGUUAAUUACGCAGCUCGUUCCGUCAUAUCUCCCGAUGUUAACAUCGAGCCAAAUGAGAUUGGCAUACCCCCUGUAUUCGCGCAGAAGCUCACGUUCCCCGAACCUGUCACGCCGGCAAAUUUCCAUGAGAUGCGCCAGUUGGUUAUCAACGGAUCACACAAGUAUCCCGGAGCGUCAAUUGUGGAAUACGAAGAUGGCCAUCAACAAUUCUUGGACAAACUCACAGUAGAGCAGCGGACGGCCAUUGCCAACCAGCUUCUCACCCCUCAAGAUGAUGUCCGCAAUGCUCCCCGCCAGGGUCUCUCUACUCGAACCACUUCGGUCAACAAGAAAGUAUACCGACAUCUCAGAGAUGGGGACAUGCUCAUCCUCAAUCGACAACCUACAUUACACAAGCCAAGCAUGAUGGCACAUAAAGCCCGAGUCCUCAAGGGUGAAAAGACGAUUCGCAUGCAUUACGCAAAUUGUAAUUCUUAUAAUGCUGACUUCGAUGGAGACGAAAUGAAUAUACAUUUCCCCCAAAAUGAGGUUGCUCGUGCGGAAGCAAUGAUGAUUGCCAACACAGACAACCAAUACCUGGUACCUACGUCCGGAAAACCAUUGCGCGGUCUCAUUCAAGACCACGUUGUUGCUGGAGUGUGGAUGACCAGCCAGGAUGCAUUCUUCUCGCGAGAAGAGUACUUCCAGCUCCUUUACGGUGCUCUCCGACCGGAAGAAGAAACAUCUCAUUACUCUGGCCGUUUGGUGACGCUGCCACCAACAAUAUGGAGACCCAAACCUUUGUGGACUGGAAAACAGAUUAUUUCCACUGUACUCUUGAAUAUUACACCGAGUAAUGCUGAAGGCCUCAACCUCACAGCAAAAGCGAAGGUUCCUGGUAGUGCAUGGGGUCCCGGGUCCGGUGACGAUCAAGUCAUCUUCAUGGAUGGCGAACUACUUCGUGGCGUUCUGGAUAAAUCCGCAUUCGGUGCAACUGAUUAUGGUUUAGUGCAUUCAGUCUACGAACUUUAUGGUGCCGAUGUCGCAGGAAGGUUGUUGGGCAUCCUCAGCCGUUUGUUCACUAAAUUCCUCCAGCAUCGUGCAUUCACUUGUCGUAUGGACGAUUUGGCAUUAACAGCCUCAGGUGACGCGAAGCGUGCAGAGCUCAUUCGUCAGGGCGAGAACCUGGGCACUGAAGGCGCCAUUGACAAUUUCCCGUCACUCGCCAGUACUCCCGCUGUCGAACAGCCCGCGGCUCUUGCUCGUCUUCUCCAGGACGUUUUGCGCGACGAUAGCAAGAUGGCUGGCCUUGACAUGUCCGUGAAGACCAAAUUGGCAAAAUUGACGAAGUCGAUCGCAGACGCAUGCAUGCCCCACGAACUUUGGCGCAAGUUUCCGCACAACCACAUGCAGGCUAUGACGCUCUCUGGCGCAAAGGGAACUGCAGUCAAUGCUCAGCAGAUUUCGUGCGCGCUGGGACAGCAGGAGCUGGAGGGUCGUCGUGUCCCUGUCAUGGUCAGCGGAAAGACGCUUCCUUCCUUCAAGCCCUUCGAGACGAAGGCCAUCGCCGGUGGUUAUAUCGCUAGCAGGUUCUUGACCGGCGUGAAACCUCAAGAGUUUUUCUUCCAUUGCAUGGCUGGUCGCGAAGGUCUCAUCGACACUGCUGUCAAGACUUCGCGUUCUGGGUAUCUUCAGCGAUCACUCAUCAAACACCUUGAGGGCAUCCGCGUCCAUUACGAUAAUACGGUUCGCGGCGCUGAUGACUCGGUCUACCAGUUCUAUUAUGGUGGAGAUGCUUUGGAUGUCACGAAACAGAAGCACCUGUACCAGUUUGCAUUCAUGGCGCAGAAUGCUGUGUCAUUCCUCAGCAGGUACCAGGUCAGGGAUAUCGCAGGCAAGGUGGACGAUGAAGAGGCCGCAAGCCAUAUGAAGAAGGUACUCAAGAGAUCGUCGAAGCGCGAGCUCAACGCGCCGUCCAAGAGGGACAAGUACGAUACAGCUAUGACGAUGUUCAACCCAGUUCGCUUCCUUGGCAGCACUUCUGAGAAGUUUGCAGAGAAACUAGACGAGUAUUUGAAGGCGAAUCCGGAUAAACUGCUCAAGUCGUCCGACGGAGGGGCUGUCCAGGUCAAACGCCGAUAUCCCUUACUGGCAGCAAAACGACUAAGGUUGUUGAUGAACUUCAAGUAUAUGCGGAGCAUCAUAGAGCCUGGCGAGGCUGUUGGGCUCUUGGCUGGCCAAGGUGUUGGAGAGCCAUCGACGCAGAUGACCUUGAACACUUUCCAUUUUGCAGGUCACGGAGCCGCAAACGUCACCCUUGGUAUCCCUCGUCUUCGUGAAAUCAUUAUGACGGCGUCCACCAAGCCAAAAACUCCAUCCAUGACCAUGACUGUCUCGAAGGAUACCCCGAUUCCAGUAGUCGAUGCCUUCUGCAAAAAAGCCAGCCGUCUCACGCUCUCUCAGGUGGUCGACAGUGUCUCUGUUACAGAGCGCCUGAUCGUAAGUGGAGCCUCCAGGAGCAAACACUUCAUCAUCGAUAUCAAGUUCUUCCCUGAGGAAGAAUACAGAGAAGAGUAUGACGUCGAGCCUGUGGAGAUCCUGCAAUUCUUCGGCGUGCGAUUCCCACUUUUAUUGCGCCGCGAAAUCCAACUGGAGAUGAAAAAGCUUGACGCUGAUCUGAAAAGCCAAAUAGCAGAGCUCGGCAAGGGCAAGGGUUCGAGCAAACGUGGAGAGGAAGCUGAAGAUGGAGACGAGGAGGAGGAAGAGCCUAAAAGAGGUGGACGGGACGAUGACGAGGUCAGUGAAGUUGGGGAUGGAGACGCACUUGGGGAGAAAAGAAAGAGGCAGGCCAAGCAGCAGGAGUCGUAUGAGUCGGACAGUGAAGAUGAGGAGAGCGAAGGAGAACUCGAUGAUGCAGCCAUCGAAGCUGCGUAUGCAUCGCAAGGGGAUGAUACGGGUUCUGUGGAGGACGCCGACCACAAACCAAAAGCAAAGAAGGGAAAAGGUCUUUCGGCCAUGGUCGGGAAAAUUGAAGAAUCCUUCUUGGACCGUUUCCCUCAUGCAACGGCAUUUAAGUUCCGUGAGACGGGAUGUACCAUUGAGCUGGAGUUUGGGUCGGACCUGCCCAAAUUACUCUUGGUAGGUAUCGUCGAACGGACAUGCGUAAAAUCGAUCGUCAGGGAGAUUCCCAGUAUCACAGACUGUUUCCGCGUACGCGAGCCAAACAGAGACGGCACCGUGAAGAUCAUGACCAAUGGUUCCAACUUCCGUGGAAUAUGGGAAUUUGCUUGUAAUGAUGAGCAUAGUAUCAUCGACGAGGACGACAUAUACUCGAACGACGUGUAUGCAAUCUUGUGCACAUAUGGGGUCGAAAUGGCGCGCGCGGCCAUAGUCCGGGAGAUGAGCGGCGUGUUCGAUGUAUACAAGAUUGACGUCGACAUCAGGCACAUGGAACUGAUUGCAGACUACAUGACGUUCGAGGGCGGAUACAAGCCAUUCAAUCGCAAGGGCAUAGGGAUGCAUUCCUCACCUUUGCUCAAAGCAUCAUUCGAGACAACGGCAUCUUUCUUGUCUGAUGCGACGCUAUAUGGCGACUUUGACGACUUGCGAACGCCAUCCGGGAACCUCGUCGUUGGAAGGCUAAGUACGAGUGGGACAGGUGUAUUCGAUGUAGUCACACCGCUAGUGCAGGAUGCGGGCGGCCAAAAUGGAGUUGUCUCUACUCAGACAUAA